CGCGCGCGCACAGGAGAGGCGCUCUGAGGGAACGCUCAGCCUGCUUCCACUGCGGGCGCUAGGAAGAGGCAGCCCGGCGGUUUGCUUAGCAACGGGCUGAGAGAACACAAAAGCCCUGCCUCGGCGACCUCGCUAGCCGUGGGCAUGCGGGAAGAAGCCCCAUGCAGCGCGGCGGUGCCCAGCUGAGGAGCCGCAUGCCUCGCGCGCAGCAGGGCUGCAGCCGGCGGGAGCUCCUUUCUGUGGCCGUCGGCGGGGGGAAAGGCGCGCUGCUGGCGGCUUUGGCGUCGCGCGCGACGAUGCUGCCUCGGAGGCUCUCCUACCUUCUGGUAGCCCUCGCCCUCAGCAGCUUGACGGCGUUGCUGGUUUUCCUCCGCGGCCAGCCCGACCCUCCGGGCCCCAAGGAGGUGGCCCGGCGGCCGCGGGGUCAGCAGCCCCGGCAGCAGCAGCAGCUCCAGCCUCGGAGAGAAGGCGACUUCAUCCGCGGGGCUUGCGGCGCCCUGGCCGCUGAGGAGAAGGCGUUCGUGUGGGGCAACCACCUGCGCACGUCCUUCGGGCAGUCGCCCGGCUGCCCCGAGUACGUGGAGGGCAACCACUAUGUCACACGAGCCCUCUCGGAGGAAGAGGUCGCCUUCCCGCUCGCCUACGUCAUCACCCUCCACAAAGAGUUCGCCACGUUCGAAAGAGUCUUCCGCGCGCUUUACGCGCCCCAGAAUGUGUACUGCGUCCAUGUGGACGAGAAAGUGUCCGGCGAGUACAAGCAGAGCGUGGAGAGGCUGGUGGGCUGUUUCCCCAACGCCUUCCUCGCGUCCAAAGCCGAGCCGGUCAUUUACGCGGGGAUCUCGCGUCUCCAGGCCGACCUGAACUGCAUGAAGGACUUGCUGCGCUCUGAGGUCCGCUGGAAGUAUGUCCUCAACAUGUGCGGCCAAGACUUCCCGUUGAAAACCAACAGGGAAGUCAUCCGCCACCUGAAAACCUUCAAAGGGAAGAACAUCACCCCCGGCAUCCUCCCUCCUGAGCCAAUCACCGUAAGGACCAAGUACGUUUACAAGGAGCACAUAGGCAGAGAAUCCUCUUACAUGAAAAGGACUAGUAUCCUCAAAUCACCUGCGCCCCACAAUCUGACAAUUUACUUUGGCUCUGCCUACAUUGCCCUCACCAGGCCGUUUGUGGAGUUCCUUUUCCAGGACAAACGGGCCCUCGAUUUGCUGGAAUGGUCCAAGAACACCUACAGUCCGGAUGAACAUUACUGGGUGACGCUCAACAGGAUACCAGGUGUCCCCGGCUCCAUGCCAGAUGGUAAAUGGGAAGGUGACCUGAGAGCUGUCAAGUGGAGCAAUGAUGAAAAUAAACAUGGAGGGUGUCACGGUCAUUAUGUCAGAGCCAUUUGUAUCUAUGGAACUGGUGAUCUGAAGUGGCUGCUGAAAUCCAAAAGCCUUUUUGCUAACAAGUUUGAACUGGGAACAUACCCACCAACUGUGGAAUGCCUGGAGCUGAGUGUUCGGGAGAGAACACUCAAUCAGAGUGAGAUACCGGUGGAACCAAGUUGGUACCUAUAGGAAAAGAUACCUUUUAAGUUGGUCAACAGAAACAAUCAUGGAAAGCCCGCAUUUUGGAUGGACCAUUCAUCGCACCUUGAAGCCGCCCUUCUUCAGGAUACUCAAUACGAGCCAUUUUUAUAACACUUUGAACACCUUUGCACGAAGGCUGAAACAAGAUUUCAGGGCAAUCAGUAUAUUAGCUGAGCUUCCUUGACAUUUUAAAGAUUUUGGAACAGGGUUGUUCACUCUGCCCAGAAGAAAACACUCAGGUGUUAUUUAUUAAUACUUUGGGAACUGCUUUGUAUUAAUCAAGAGAAAGACAUUGACUUCAGAUUUCAAGCUGGUUGCGUUAGAUCUUGUCCUUUGUUGCAGUCAGGUCUCGCUAAGUGAUGACUUAGAUCAGUGGAUUAAAAUGGACUACAUCUCAUUGGUCUAUCUCUUCACCUUCCUCUUUCAACUCGUGAGCUGGGCAACUUGUGCCAGCUUCUGCUGUCCUACACACAAGCAUAGUACUUGAUACUGAAUUGACAUCUGCCAGCAAUUCAGAAACCUGGUUCCUAGACCUCCAGGGUUCUCUCAGUAUCUGCAGUGGAAGGAGAACCACACACCCAACCCCCCAAAUGUUAACUGAGUUUUAUCUCCCCUCUUUAACCCAGGAAGCAUUGCAUGUCUGGCAGGGUAGUGUGGGAAGUCUGAAUCACAGCCCCAGAGGGUUAAGUAGGAGAGUGAAAUAGAAACUCGGAUAUGGGAAGGGGAAUGUUUCUAUUGGACCAGUUGCCUGUUUACACUUGCCACAUAUGGCUUGAACAUUAAUAGAUCCUGGAAAUAAAAAAGAAAGGGGCUAUCAGUGGUGUCCAGGACCUAGUUCAUUAGGCCCAACUCUCUUCGUGGCAAGGAAUUGUUGCUUGGGAGAAAUGAGACUGCUUUCCUCAGAGGAAAUGAGCUUAAGCAGUAUUGCACACAUUCUGAUAAAGCUCAGCCAGAGCCGGAUCUAGCCAGGUUUUUUUUGUCUCAGGUGAAGCCUCCAGGGAGCACCAUUGAGAAUCCCAUCCUGUGUAUGUGUGUAUGCAAAUGUGCAUGGGUGUGUGUGCAAACUGGGUCUUUGACGGGUAAAAUAAAGUCUAGUUUCACCUCUGGUUAAGCAGAAGUCAUUUCCACUUCUGAAAACAUUUCUGCCCACAAUUUAAAUCUCCCAACUUCUGGGAUUUAGAGAGAAGACAGAAAAAGUGAUUAAGAAAUGCUUAAAAAGCAUUGGGGAGAAAGCUAAAUACA